AUGUCUUAUCAAGUAGUUUCAACUUUGCCGCUUAACGGUGUUGAGAAGUUUAUGUGCGUGGAUGGUGGAUGGAAUACGAUUGCACAUACUGCUCAUUUGACUGGAAACCCUUCAGUACUGAUUAACAACAUGGCGAAUACUGUUCAAUGUCUUCUAAAACGUCAUCCGCGCAUGCGCACACGUAUACGAGUAGAUGAAAACCAAUAUUUCAUCGAUAAUCUUGAAUACAAUCGUGAGUAUCUACCGAGCGAUUUGUUCGUGUCAGUUACCGAAAUGACUAACGAAUCGUGGCAAGAAGUCGUCGAAUCUGGAUGCAAUCGUGAUCCCUAUACAAACAAUGGAACAAUCAUUUUUCCAACUUUUCGUUUCACUAUUUUAGUCAAUCCCCAACCGACUGAUGUUCAAUCGUUUCAUUUGAUUCUCUUUCAAAACCAUUGCGUUUCAGAUGGUCAAAGUGGAUUUAUACUUAUCAACGAUUUUCUUACUUUAAGCACCAGUCCAAAUCUAAUGGAAAUCUCUGAGCCACUCAAUACAGAAAUACUUCCGUUGAUUGGCUCGUUAAUUCCUCGUCCAUAUGGUCCACUCUAUCAUGCAAUGUCGUUCAUUGCCAAACGAAUCAUUCUAAAAGAACUACGUCAAUUAGGUCAGCCACGUAUUCCUGUCAAAGUAAUUCCUCAUGACGAGUGUGAAUUAACACGAUUUCAGGUUCAACGCUACAAAAUGAAAUUUUUAUUUGCAUCGAGUUCUACUGAUCUUUUUUCUAAAUUACAUCGACAAAGUCGAUUGCACAACGUAACAUUAAAUGGUCCACUUCUAGGAUGCUUUCUGUUGGCUAUUCAUCACUGUUUUCCACUUAAAGACAAAACUCGACUGGAACCGUUUGAGGUUGGAACUCCUUUUAACAUGCGCUCACGUCUUCCUGGUUCGCCUCUGACACCCUUAUCAGUUGGUUGCUUUAUUGGCGCAGGCGAGUUCAAGCUCAAACGAGCUCUUUCUAUUCAAUCGACGCACUUCUGGUCAUUAGCAUAUCAAUGUAUGACAAUCACUCGAGAUCAGCUAAAACAAAGUAGACUUCCUUUGGCAAUGAAUAUUUUCGCAGAUGUAUUAGCGAAUCAGCAUGAAUUCUCUCGAAUCGCUCAGCUUUUUCCAGAAGGACGCCAAUCAGAAAUUGCAUUUUCCAAUGUUGGUAAAUAUCCAUUUCCGUGCGAAUAUAAUCAUGGUGAAGUACGAUUGAGUGGCAUACAUGUUAUUAAUAGUGUUAGCGGUUACCGUAAUUCGUCAGGUGUGUACGCCACUUGUACUGAUAAUGGUCAAUUAGACUUUGCUAUGGCACAUGAAAUGGAAAGCAACGAGAUUGCAAAACAUUUUCUGGACUAUUAUUUAUGUCUGAUCGAGAUUUGUGCAGAUAGUGAACGUUGUAAAAUCGAAACAACUUUAGGUGAACUGCUACAAAUGGUCGAAUUUCAAUAA